AUGGAAACCAUUGUUGAUUUGGUCCCUCCCUCUGGCAUAUACUUUCCUGUUUGCAGGGUGAAGAUAGGCAAGCUGUCAGAAUUUCUUACCACAUCUUUUCAUACUCAUCUGAGCUUCCUGGAUCCAGACUGUGAUAUAAAACUAUUUGAUGACUCUCAUGGAGGCUGUUGUAGCCCUGACAGUGAAUAUGGAGGCUAUCCAGCAGAUUUCUGUGAAAAAGAAAGCCAGGAUGAGCUGGAUCAGUAUAUAAAUGAUAUCCUACAGAGUACAGCACUGAAGUCGUAUCUACCUCCAACUUCAAAGACUGCUCAUCAGCCACUUGUGUUCAGUGCAAACCAUUCCACACAAGAGAUACUGUCAAUAAUGGCCAAGGCAAAGGGUUUGGAGAUUCCAGCUGUUUCCAUGUCUCUUCCAACUAAAGUUUUGAACACGCACCGGAAGUCUUUGAAUCUUGUUGAUAUUCCCCUUUCCUUUGAGAAAAAGGACCAUGAAAAGGUUUUGAACUUAGCUAAAGAUGCUCAUGGUGAUUUGGAUUGCAGGAAGCUUGUUGAGCAGCUGAAGGAAUGCCCAACGCUCCAUGAUCAAGCAGAUAUCUUAUAUAUCUUGCAUAUACUAAAAGGCCCUGAUUGGGAUACACAGCUGAACGGACAAUAUGGAGUCACUGUUCAUUGCCUGCUCAAUGAGCUCUACAGAAAGGCAGGCCUCAAUCAAGAAUGGGGCUUAAUCCGUUAUAUUUCUGGUAUACUUAAGAAGAGAGUGGAAGUCCUGGCAGAGGCAUGCACAGACCUCCUGUCACACCACAAGCAGCUUACAGUGGGGCUGCCACCAGAACCCCGUGAGAAAAUCAUUACCACCCCUCUGCCACCUGAGGAGCUCACAGAUCUUAUUUAUGAGGCCAGUGGCCAAGACAUCAGUAUUGCUGUCCUGACACAGGAAAUAAUUAUGUACCUGGCAAUGUAUGUCCGAUCACAGCCUAGUCUUUUCAUGGAGAUGCUCAGGCUCCGCAUUGGUCUGAUAAUUCAGGUGAUGGCCACUGAGCUGGCUCGAAGUCUGAAAUGCUCAGGUGAAGAAGCUUCAGAGAGUUUGAUGAAUCUAAGCCCUUUUGAUAUGAAAAAUCUCCUACACCAUAUUCUCAGUGGAAAAGAGUUUGGUGUGGAAAGAAGCUUGCGAGCUAUGGAUUCUUCUUCAUCUAGCCCUGCAAUUUCUAUUCAUGAAAUGGGGCAUUCUGGAGCAACAAAAACAGAAAGAAGUGGUAUUACUAAAUUGAAGAGUGAGAUGAAGCAGUUCUUUCAUGAGGGCCACUCCAUGUCCAGCAGCAUGUUCACUUCCAGGAGGAGCAGUACUCCACCAUCUCCUUCCAGUACUUCUCCCACCAGUUCCAGCAGAGACAUUAGUUGGGGUGACCGCAAAGGGCAGUGGCUGCGCAGAAGAAGGCUUGAUGGUGCCAUUAACAGAGUUCCUGUUGGCUUUUAUGAGAAAGUAUGGAAGAUUCUUCAGAAGUGCCAUGGUCUGUCCAUUGAUGGGUAUGUCCUUCCUUCUUCAACCACCAGAGAGAUGACCCCAUGUGAAAUCAAGUUUGCUGUACAUGUGGAGUCUGUGCUGAACCACGUCCCCCAGCCUGAGUACCGGCAGCUGCUGGUGGAAGCCAUUCUCGUCCUCACGUUCCUGUCUGACAUCGAGGUGAACAGCAUUGGGGGAAUCAUCCAUGUAGACCAAAUAGUGCACAUGGCCAACGACCUCUUCCUGCAGGAACUGAAAUCAUACGGAGCUACGGGUGGUAUCUUGGAGAAGGAUGUGGCCACAGGAAUUUGCCACUUCUUUUAUGACAGUGCCCCAAGUGGGGCCUAUGGGACCAUGACGUACCUGACAAAAGCCAUAAUUAUUUAUUUGCAGGAUUUCCUGCCUAGCACAGGCUGUGUGAUGCAGUAAGCAAUGUCUCACUAGGGAAAAGAGGCCAGGAAGCUCCUCCCUAUUUUGCUGCCAUGAGCUUGUUUGCUGCAUGUGUGUCAGCAGAUACACCAGUCAGUGUUAUAUUACCUGCACACCUGCCUGAGGGGGACAGGUGGGUGGAAUGUGCCCUCAUUUUAAGGGAGGGUGUGAGAAAGAGCAAAUAAAGAGGCUUAUUCUGCCUAAACUGCAUAAAUGUAAUUCGUAUUAAAUUAGCAAGAAUUAGUUCUGCCAAGGGGGAAACAGAUUACUCUGUGGAGAUCAAAAGGCAUAAUAAAACGAGGGAGCUGAAUCUCA